AUGCAUAACAACAACGUUAGUCAAAGACAUUGUGCUAAAUGUGGAAAAACUGGUGGUUUAUUGAUUUGUGAAGGCUGUCAAUUAACAUUUUGUUCUAGACAUGCUGCUCAACAUCGACAAGAACUAGCUUAUCAAUUAGAAAAUAUUAUGCAAGAACAUCAUAUACUUCAACAAAAUAUUGAACGAUCAUCAAAUGAAUAUUUUCAUUUACAAAAAAUCGAUAAGUGGGAAAAAGAAUCGAUUAGAAAAAUUAAAAUAGCUGCCGAAAUUGCACGAGCAGAUCUACGACAAUUAAUUGAUAAGCCAAAAAGACAACUUAUAAGAAUAUCUCGCGAUAUCGCAUAUGAUCUUAAUUCAUCAAUGAAAACAGAUGAUUUUUCAGAAAAAGAUCUUAUUCGAUGGAUAAAAAAAUUAAAUGAUCUUCGAUUAGAAAUUAGAUCAUCAUAUUCAAUUGAAUUAAUUGAAGAUCAACGAUUUCCAAUUUAUCCUAUCGUAAUUACACAUAAUAAAUUUCCAAAUAUUUACAAAAAUAAUCCAAAUAUUAAUAAUCCAUUAAAUCCUAAUUCUGAAGAAUUGUUUUUCAAAACAACUAGUUCUGCUUCUAUUGAAAAUGGUGGUAUAAUUAUUAAACAUAUUGGUCCUGAUUUAAAUUAUGCACAUAUUCUUGGUAAACAAUUUUAUUCUCAAGGUCGUCAUACGACACGAUUUAAAAUUGUACAAUGUACUCUUCCAUAUAUAAUUUUCUUUGGUUGUAUAUCAUCUAAUGUAGUUCAAAAAGUACUUAAUUAUAAUUCAUCAUCUGUUGUUGGAUGGUUUGGUUAUAAUGAAAUUUAUCAACAUGGAAUUUGGAAUAAUAAUUUAGAUAUGCAUGAUUAUGAUAGUAAUCAAAUUCAAAAAAAUGAUAUUUUAAAUCUUACAUUUGAUUGUGAUCGAAAAGAGAUUGAAUUAUUUCAUGAACGUAUAAACAAAACACAUAGACUUCAAGUUGAUAUAGAUAAAGCACCAUUUCCUUGGCAAAUUUUAGUUGUAUUAGUUCAUGAAGAUGAUUGUGUGAGAAUAUUGCCUAAACGAUAA